AUUAAUACAUCCAAUAGAACACCACCUAUAUAGAUUGAAAUAGUGUCGCGGAUUCGAGGUAGAUUGCUGCGGUCAACAUGGAAUCAGCUGACUCCCAUAAUUAAUUACACUGAUAAAUAUUUGAAAAUCUGUUGCAUUUUCAACCUCUAUAAAUAGAGAAUCAAAUUCAGUUGAUGGGCACUUCGACAUCCACGAUUGCAUUUUCAGUUCUUUCCGAUUUCAAAGAGACAAGGCCACCAUUCUUGAUCUGCAAAACCAUAGGAAGCUCAGCUGCAGCUAAGCCCCAAAUCCCAGUUCUCACACCUUACAAAAUCAAAAUAGUGCAGCAGAUGAUAAGCUGUUAAUCCUCGUAGUUGCUUGGGCAUUUACACUUUUUCUGCUAAGUUCCGACUCUCUUGUAGUUGGAGGGCGAUCAUCUCUAUACACGAGUAAUUUCUACAUAGCACGAAGACGAUCAUUGUCUUUGUUCUUGUCGAUUUUCUUUCCAAUAUUCUUUGAAUUGAGAGAGUGAGUAAUUGGACCUGUGAAGCCAUGGCUCUGGUUUUGCAUUCUACUUUAAACAGGAAUGCAAAAAAGAUACUUAUUGUGUGUGAGUUCAAUGGUGUAAAGGUCGAACUAGUUAAGGAUUUUGAGAUGGGUGUAUCAAAUAAGACCCCAGAAUUUAUCAAGAUGAAUCCCAUCGGAAAGAUUCCUGUGCUCGAAACGCCUGAUGGCCCGAUAUUUGAGAGCAAUGCUAUUGCACGCUACGUGGCUCGGUUAAGUUCCGAUAACAACCUAUUUGGCUCUUCCCCUUAUGAAUAUGGCCAAGUUGAGCAAUGGAUUGAUUUUUCUACUAAUGAGAUUGAUGCUCAUCUAGCAUGCUGGCUCUAUCCUCGACUUGGUAUCCGUGCACAUCUUCCUCCGGUCGAGGAGGCUGCGAUUGCUUCUCUGAAGAGAGGCUUGGCAGCUUUGAACACCCAUCUUGCAUCUCACACCUACUUGGUUGGACACGGUGUCACAUUAGCCGAUAUUAUCACAGUAUGUAUUCUGUUCAAUGGAUUCAAGGUAAUCCUUAUAAAGAGCUUCACUGCAGAGUUCCCACACGUCGAGAGGUAUUUUUGGACCUUGCUCAAUCAGCCAAACUUUAAGAAAGUGUUGGGCGACAUUCAGCAAGCCGAGUCUGUUCCACCUGUUCCGACCAAGAAACAUGCACAGCUGAAAGAAGUUGCUAAACCAAAGCCAAAGGAGGAGCCAAAGAAGGAGGCCAAGAAAGAAGAACAUAAGGCUGUAGAGGAAGAAGAAGCACCUAAGCCAAAGGCGAAGAAUCCUUUGGAUCUCUUACCUCCUAGUAAGAUGGUUCUUGAUGACUGGAAGAGGCUCUACUCUAAUACGAAAACCAAUUUCCGUGAGGUUGCUAUCAAAGGUUUCUGGGACAUGUACGACCCCGAAGGAUACUCCCUUUGGUUCUGUGAUUACAAAUACAACGAUGAAAACAUGGUAUCUUUUGUCACCAUGAACAAAGUGGGAGGCUUUCUGCAGCGAAUGGACUUGGCCCGCAAGUAUGCUUUUGGGAAGAUGUUGAUCAUCGGUGCAGAGCCUCCGUUCAAGGUGAAGGGUUUGUGGUUGUUCCGGGGGACAGAGAUUCCUCAGUUCGUGAUGGAUGAGUGCUACGACAUGGAGCUCUACGAGUGGAAGAAGGUUGACAUCAACGACGAGGCACAGAAGGAGCGCGUGAGCCAGAUGAUUGAAGAUGCUGAGCCGUUCGAGGGCGAGCCUUUGUUGGAUGCCAAGUGCUUCAAGUGAAGAGAAAGAUAAGUUGGCUUGACAUUUUGCAUUACAAACAACUCAGUUUACAUCUCUGUAGUUAUGUGAUUGUAGUCUCUCUCUCUCUAUCCACCUUUUGUCUUUCCCAAAAAGUUUCUAUCUAUUGAUUCAGGAAAGGUUUUUCUAUAUUUUGUGAACUGCUUUUUCUAGCUUUUAUUUUUAAACUUGAGUUUGCUAUGACUUAAUUUUAAACUUGAGUUUGCUAUAUGACUUAAUUUUAGAAA